AAUAUUUAUAAAAAAAUACACUGAUGAGGUUGUUCCAGAUGCAAUUUCUGAGUUGUCUCCAAAGACAGUUUCAUGUAAAGCCCACUGCAGUAGUCCAGUAAGUAGCGAUUAGUGCAUGAAUUACUAAUAUAAGGUAUGCCAGUUCAAGUAAGGUUGUAAUAUGUUCUCAGCAUGCUAGCUAAGAACAUAGCCUAGCCAGGAUUUCCUUGGCUGUUUGAGCAGGAACUGGAAGAUCAGGAGGAUCCUAUUUACAGACCUCCUCUUUCAGUAGUAGGAUAGGGAAGAGGGAUUUAAUCUAAGCUUGUUUUGCUCCAUCAAGAUCCUCACAGAUUCCAGAUAUGGGUUCAAGACUUACAUGGGAUCUCUGGUCCAGACUAUGUACUGGUGACAUUUCACCCUGAAACAUUUGAUGAUUUCUCCCAGUGGUUUCAUUUAAAUGUUAAAUAACAAAAAAGGAAAACACUAAACCCUAUGGUUCUCUGCACUGGAACUCAAGUGGUUUUUCCCCAGGACCACUGACCAGAAUCAUCCACUCAGGUGUGAACAAAUCCAUAUUAGAACAGUGUUAAUAAUUCCAAUGCAUGUAACAGUCCAAAAUGAUAUCAUGUUUGAUAAUAUUGAAUACCACCAAGAAGAGCCAAGGGAGCACAUUCCCCUCAUCUAGAUCUCCGUGAAGGUCAUCUACCAGAUGACUAGUGCCAUUUCUGUCUCAUAACUGGGAUUGAAUACAGACUGAAAAGGAUCCAAAUAAUCUGUUUUUGUAGGAUCUUCUAUAGCUGAUUCCCAUCACUUUCUCAACAACCUUCUACAGAUGGGAGGUUGGAGACCAAAUAAGGAUUAUGAAACAUAGCUGGAUCCAAGAACUACUACUUCCUUCAAAGCAAAUGGCGUUACCCAUCUCCCUUAAAUUGCAUAGAUUGCCUUCCAGAUCCAAUGCUUCAUGCCUCAAUUUGUCAUCUAAUGCAGUCAGUGGGGACAUGAGACAAAUGUACAAUUGGCAGUAUUCAAAUCAUGGCGAUCCCUAUCUGUUUGCAUAGGUCCUACAUACUCAAAUAUAUCCCAAAUUACAACACAAGAUAACCCUAACCCUUCUCUGUAAUAACCAUCAGCUUUACCCAUUUCCUAUUCAAUCUACAAUGUAUAUGAAUGGUUUUAUGAAUUUAUCCACUAUUCUUGCAGGUGUUUCUCCCUUGCAUCUUCCUAUAAAAGUGUCCAAGUAAUUCUUGGCGGGAAUCUUCAGACCACUUAAGUGCAGAGAAUUUCAUUGCUUUUAUCAUCACAGUUUCUUUUGGGCUCGUUUUUUGAGACUGUUUGAUGCGUUGGCUUCCCAUCUGCUGCUUAUAACCAUCUCAACCAUAAGUUGCCAGGAGCUUUCUGGAUUCUGAAUUUAUGAGAGUUUGGCCCUUGUAGGACUGCAGUGAGUCAUAUGGUGUUGAAGGAAGUUCCUUUGGGCCUUAAGAACAACGUCUAUUUAACAUUUCCUCGUAAUGUUGCUGGCUUCCGGGGAACAGUUCGGUAUGCAUCAGUGAAUGCACAUAAAAAUAGAGAAAUGGGCCGACAUGAUGAUCUAUGGUCCCUUUUUUACAUGCUGGUAGAGUUUGCAGUUGGUCAGCUUCCAUGGCGCAAGAUUAAAGAUAAGGAACAAGUUGGUAUGAUUAAGGAGAAAUAUGAACAUCGAAUGCUGCUAAAACAUAUGCCUUCUGAGUUCCACCUUUUUCUGGAUCACAUUGCAAAUCUGGAUUAUUUCACCAAACCAGAUUAUCAGCUGAUCAUGACUGUGUUUGAAAAUAGCAUGAAGGAAAGAGGAAUUACUGAGAAUGAGGCCUUUGACUGGGAGAAAGCUGGUACAGAUAUUUUAUUAUCUACAAGUACAUCCACCCCACCUCAGCAGAACACAAGGCAAACUGCAGCCAUGUUUGGUGUGGUUAAUAUCACUCCAAUUCCUGGAGAUUUACUUCGUGAGAACACAGAGGAUGUUUUGCAAGGAGAACACCUGAGUGACCAAGAGAACGCACCCCCAAUUUUAUCUGGCCGGCCAACAGAGAAUAAUUUAGGGCAGACUCCAAAUGUUCCCUUCAAUGAAGGAGAAGUUUGGGAAGAGACUGAUGUAAAUCGCAACAAACUCAGGAUCAGCAUCAGCAAAACGCAGUGUUUAGCAGAAGAUGAUCAGAAAAGUGGUGUGUGUCCCAUCUCCCCAGUGCGAGCAGUGCCAGACUCCCCUACAACUCAAGCACGUUCUCUGAGAUACCGUCGUGUGAAUAGUCCUGAGUCGGAACGCCUCUCCACUGCUGAUGGAAAACUUGAUCAGCAUGAACGAAGAUCCCGCGUAGAUUUACCUUGUUCUCCUUCCCGGCUUGUAUGCUCUUCUCAGCCAGCACAGAUGCUGUCUAUUGAGACUGGUCAGGUAGACCGACAGGCAAGUGGCAGGAUGGAUGUAUCUGCUUCUGUGGAGCAUGAAGCUCUCAGUAAUGCUUUCCGAUCAGUGCCCCUGGCUGAGGAGGAGGACUUUGACAGCAAAGAGUGGGUUAUCAUUGAUAAAGAGACAGAACUGAAGGACUUCCAUCCUGGCGCUGAACCAAGUACAUCUGGGACGACAGAUGAGGAACCUGAGGAACUAAAGCCCAUAGAAGAAGGGGACGAAAGGAGGCACUUGGGUGCAGAAGCAGCAGUCAGGCCCAAAAUACAUGAUGGGCGAGUCCGAGGUAUGCAGCCUGUGGCUGAAGAGGACAGUUCCCACAGAAAUGAAAUGCAAUGCCAGACAGUAUCUGAGAAUAAGCAUGAGCAGCAACCAGGAAGCCCAUCACAGUCCCCCUUAUAUUCAGCACCAGCUAUCCGGCAGCGGAGACGAGAAUCUGAGCCAAUAGGUCCCGAGAGACAGGUAUUCCCACUGAAACCUUUUGAAAUGAAUGGUCUCCCCAGGGUGGUGCCUUUAAAUUUGCCUUACCAAGAUUUCAAAAGGGAUGUAUCAGAAAACAGGGAAAGAUCCAAAAUUCUCCAACGAAUAAAAAAAGUGGAUUUCUCAAAUGUUGUCUUAACUGCCCCUUUUAAACCACCUAAUGCUCAUCUUCAAGUGGCAAAUGGCAGAUACAAAGAAAAGGAGGAAAAAGAAGAAGAAGAAGAAGAAGAGGAGGAGGAGGAGGAGGAGGAGGAGGAGGAAGAACUUGAUCAUUUAGGGGAAGAAUUUGAUAUGCAAAGUGAUUCAAGCAGUGAAGUAAGUCAAAAAAGUACUGAGCGUAGUCAGGAAGGUGCUCCAUCCACACUUUUAGCAGAUGACCAGAAAGAAUCCAAGGGUCGAGCAUCAGCUGCAGAAGGAGACUUGGAACUUGAGGAAGGCUCAAAAACAUUAGUUCUCUUUUCACCAGGUGACCUGAAAAAGUCUCCUGUGAAUACAGACUUGGCUCCUGAUAUUGAUCUUGGGACUCUUGCCGCACUGACUCCUCAAAGUGAGAAACCUCAGCCUAUGGGAAGCCAGCUUGAUGUAUCUGAGCCAGGAACAUUGUCUUCCAUCCUCAAGUCUGAACCAAAGCCUCCUAUGUCUGUGGCCACAACCUCCUCCCCUUUUAUGAAAGUUGAACGCACAUUUGUCCAUAUUGCUGAAAAGACACAUCUAAACAUCAUGUCUUCCAGUGGCCAGCUUAUGAGGCAUGAGGAAUAUUCUAAUCAAGGGCAGUUUGAAGAGGUAAUUGUUGAGGAAGAAUUAGAGGAAAAUCAGGUACUGAUAGAAAAUGGGAGUGUGAAUUCAGCCUUGGAAGGAGGAGAGAUGGAAAGUUGUGCUUUCUCAGUGAAUCAUAUUGAAACCACCUCUGAAGCUGCAGGGGAACUGGUAUGCCUGAAUGGUGUUAAAAUGGGAGGAGGAGGAGAAGAAGAAGAAGAGCUAGAACUUAAGAGCAAACUUAUUCCCGAAUCAGAUGUGGAAGAAGAUAGUAAGUUGAUUUCAGAAGAACCUGGCCUUGAUAAUAAAACCCUUGCAAAUGAAUCCCUUAGACAAGCAGAGUUGCUUCCACAUAUUCUAGCAGAAACUUCCAAAAAAACACUGAAUGUAAGGUAUAGAAGCCGGAUUCCUGUGUUGCUGUCUGAAGAAGACACUGGAUCAGAUGUUUCAGCCUCACACUCUGGGAAAGAAAGGCUAUACAAGAGACUGAAACAGCAGGAUUUGGCCCGCCUGGUGAUGGAGAAAAGACAAAGCCAUCUGUUAAGGUUAGCUUCUGGAGUGUCAUCUUCUGCUUCUUCUAGUGAUGAGAGGCAGCGGGUUUCAGAAACCUUGUCAGCCACUGGUUCUGAGGAAGAUACUCAUGAUUCAGAUGAUUUCACCCCAAGGAAGAUUGGAAAUCAGGAGAGAAUUUCCCUGGUAAAGAUGGAGGAGAGAAGCUUAAAUAUAAGGAGCAGAAUCCCUCGCCCCAUUGUACCUGUAAAGCCGCCUGUGUUAGAACUAAAAUAUGGAAGCACUUCAGCCCUUCCACCAGCAGGACCAAGUAGAAGUACCGGUGAUGCAUCUGGGUCCAUCAGGAUUCAGGGGCAAAGCCCAUGUGGGAAUAUAUCUGGUGAUCCCCGGAUGAAAGCAACCCCGACUCCUGUUACACCUUCCUUGAAGAGCAGCCCAAGGAAAGCCUCCCAUCUUCCAGCUAGAAGCCCUGUUCUCCCUCCACGAAACCUCAGUGCUUCCCCCAAAAGCCUAUCCAGAAAGGAAAGCCCAUCACCAUCUCGACCGCAUAGGCCCGGGACCACAUUUCCUCCAUGGGCUCAGUCUUCUCCCAAAGCUCCAUCCAGGGCUCAGGCUUUAGGUCUAUUGGGAGAUAUUCCCGUGUCACCAGGUAUGCUCAGAAAAGGACCAAAAGGGAAAACCCAUACUCCAGGAACCAAAGGAAAACAGGUAUUCCAAGAAGGCAAGUCUGCUGCUAGAUAAUGAUCUGCUGCUGCCAGUCCAUUAGACCUACCGACCUACCAUCUUGCCAGGCUGGAAAAACCUCUGCGUAUAAUAUACACUCAAGAUGCCGCAGCACAGCCUUAUGCGUCGGAAAUAUAUGCAUAUAGCAGCUAGUUGUACUUCAGUGCUUCACUUGCCCACAUGCCCAUGCUGUCUCAAUCUCAGCUCUCUAUCUGGCUGAGAGCCUCCUGGCCAGCUCAUGCUUGCUUUUGCCAGCCACCAAGCAACAACUCAGGCAGCCUGCCUAGUGCCUGAUAUUCUUUCCUUCAUCCUCAUUUCUUUAGUUUCUCGGUUAGCAAUACCACAGAAUCUUGAGAGAUUGCUAGGAGAGAUGGCUUUUUAUAGUAUACAUCAGCCCCAGUCAGUGGAGAAAUUAAAGGGCUGCACAGAACCUGAAAGAGAAAUCUUGAUGUGAGCUUCUCAAUGGUCUAAAUGUAUUGAUGUCCCUGUUUGGCACCCACUUUCUUUCUGAGCCUGCUUUUGUGUAGCUCUGGUGAUGCUGGUGUAUUAAUAGAAAGAAAGUUUCAAUCGGACCCCUCAAGAGCUCUCCUGCCUAUAGUUAUAUGAAGAGUCAAUAACAGCCAAGAGGAGAGGAGCUGCAUCUUUUGCAGCUUCUUUUGGAUGCAUAGCAUCCCUUAGCAGCAGUCCUGAGAGAGCUGCUGAAGAGAAGUGUUAAAUUUCUUGGGAGAACCUGUUCCAGGGUGCUCUGAAGUAGAGAGGCAUCAGUUUUUCCCUUCGGCAGUAUGCCUGUAAACUAAUGUCCACCAGAAGUAAUGUUUUGUGUAAAGACAGCAGUGAAAACCUCUCAGGGAGCUCUACGUGGUCUCUUUAUUGGUAAAAAUCAGAAGAAAGUGCAAAGAAAAGAGCCAUAGUUUAAAUAAUAACCUAGGAACCAAUAGGGCUCUCCUGUAUGGUGUUUUUUCAAAAUCCAAAUAUAAGGCAUUUUAAAACAUGGACUGCCUUUCCUUCUGGGAUAUGCUGGACAUGCAGUUUUUAAUUUUUAGGUUUUGUUUUAACAGGCUUUCCAUUUCUAAAUGCCUUGUAAUGAUAGUACCUGCUUAGUUUAGAAAUCCAGCUGCCAGACUAUCACCAGUGUUUGGAACCUCUCAAAUUAUUUGGUUUUCAACCUGGCGCUUGAUAAAUCUUGGUAAAGCUUUUGAAGCUGGCUAAUUUGGGGGGGGGAGUUCAUGGUAUCCCCCCCCUUCUGUGCUCUGGCCUGAAAAGUUUGUAUGAACUUGCCAUUAUGAUCAGGAAAUACAUUAUAACUAAGUACUUAUAUCUAAGAAUCUAGCUUUAGAUAUGGAGACUUGCAAAAAAAAAAAAAAGGAAAUGUAUGAAUGCUUGCCUCUUGUAAUUGUACUGAAUAAUAUUCUCCCCACCAUCUAUGUGAAUCUAUAAAUUGCAAUGGUAGAAAGUAAGAAAUGAAGGAUUUGAGCAGAUCAGGCUAAUUUAUUGUUAGUUCUAGAUAUCCUUUUCUUGUUUUCUUUUCACUCCACAACUGUCAAGCAGAGCUAUAUGAAAUAUGAAUGAAGUCUGUUUCCUUCAUUCAUUUCUUUUUAGACCAAUUUUGGUUGCUGUGUAAACUUAAUAAAAUGACAGCUGCAACUUCUUAAUAAGA